GAGACCACACGGAGGCCCGGGGACCCCUCCCACAGACAGCCGGACGCGCCCGCGGGGGCAGGAGGUCGCGGCGCGGUGGCCAGCUCCGGAGAGCUAUGGCCGAGCUCAAGUCGCUGUCGGGGGACGCUUACCUGGCGCUGAGCCACGGCUACACCGCCACCGGCCACGCCUACGCUGCGGCGCGCGGACCCGAGACGGCCCGCGGCUUCGGGGCCUCGGGGCCCGGCGGCGACCUCCCCGCGGCGCCUGCCUCCCGCGUCCCGGCCGAGACGGUCGAGAGCAGCGGAGAGCAGAGCGCCGACGAGGACGACGCCUUCGAGAGGCGGCGGCGGCGGCGAGGGCCGGGGGUCGCGGUGGACACGCGGCGGCGGCCCCGGGAGCAGCGCUCGCUGAGGCUCAGCAUCAACGCGCGCGAGCGGCGGCGCAUGCACGACCUGAACGACGCCCUGGACGGACUGCGCGCAGUCAUCCCCUAUGCGCACAGCCCGUCGGUACGCAAGCUCUCCAAGAUCGCCACGCUGCUGCUGGCCAAGAACUACAUCCUCAUGCAGGCUCAGGCCCUGGAGGAGAUGCGGCGCUUGGUGGCCUACCUCAACCAAGGCCAGGGCCUCGCUGCACCCGUGGCCGCCGCUCCUCUGACGCCCUUCGGCCAGGCAGCGGUUUUCCCGUUCUCCGCGGGCGCCGCGCUCGGGCACUGCCCGGACAAGUGUGCCACCUUCUCGGGAUCGCCCUCGGCGCUUUGCAAACACUGCGGCGAGAAGCCCUGACGGCACCCCGCAGCCGCCUUUCUAUUUAGACUGUCCCCUGUCCUCACCGGCCGGACUCGAUGGAGAGAAGGCGGCCAGACCUCGGACCCAGCUUGCAGAACUGUUGGGUGCAGAACGCGAGGUCCGUCCUGGCAGAGCCACAGACUGGGUGCUGGACUCCAGACCCCACCUCAUCUACAGUGCUCUCUCGGUGUACUCUGGACGUUGCCAGCGCUCUGGAGGUGAGGAUGACCGGUUACCAGCUGUGCAUCAAAAGGCCAAGGGAAGGAACAAGUAGUGGCCUCUCCCACUUCUGACAGGUGACUCUGCCCAAGGCGCAGGAGCGCAGGCACAGAGCAUCCCUUGACCAUGCCCUAGCACUGGGGAUCAUCCUCUGCCCCAGUUCCUUCUAAGCCAACCUGCAGCGCCUUGCUCCAACUAGACGCGGUCCGCAGGACGGAUGUGGCCCCUCACCAAGGGCCUCUGACGGCUCCAAGACUCCAGACCCUGACAGAGAUUCUGAGAGGGAUUCUGCGGUGGUCCUUUGCAAAGGAUGUAAGGCAGAUGGAGGAAGAACCCAAGAGAUGAGGUUUGCAACAUUUCCAAGUCUGAGCUUGUUCUCUUCAUGCUCUCGCCUGCCCAGA